AUGCCCUGCUUCAAAGGCUUGGCCGUGAGCAUCCAUACUCUGGAUGGCCCAAUCUCCGAAUACUCGAUCCAGCGACAGUCGCGAGCAUCGCGCAUAGCUUGCUUCAUCCCGGUCCCUCCUCCGAAAGUCCCGGAUUCCUCGUCCAAGGGUAAACCCGAACAAUCGACCUUUGCAAUCUCCAUUACCCUCCUGAACCCCGGUCAGGAUGUCCCGUAUUCGACCCCGAAGCCGACAUCCGAUUGCCCCUCCCCCAAACCCAAGGUCGUCGGAGGCUUACCGGGCCAGACCGGCGAGCGCGGUCAAUACUCCGGGUCGGUCGCACCAUACCAGGCAUUGACGAACUCUCCGAACGAAACCGUGGCGGCCUAUAUUUACUUUGAUGGUAGACAAAAGGAAGAGGUGGCUACACUACUACGGAGAGGGGAAGAGACCUGGGUGAACUCGCGAUGGGUCAGCGUGCCGGAUUCCGAAGGUGGAGGUAUCGCAGAGCGCGAGUUCCUAUUCCGCGAGGUUGGUCUGGAACGCUGGCUAAAUGGAUUGGACCUGGAGGGCAAGGACGCUGCAGCCAAGAUUGAACGACGGCGGCAGAAGAUGGAGAAACGUCGUGCAAAGCGCGAGGCGGAUAAUGCGAAUGGCAUGGAGACGGAAGCAAGCAGCUCCAAGCCGAAGGAUAUUAUGCGCUAUGGCAAUGACGAGAAGGCACCAUUGGAAAAUGUCUCUGAUGAUGAUUUCUCCUCUGAUUCCGACGAUGACGACCCUAUCCCCGAGACCACUGGCCAGAUCAAGGUUGCUUUGUUCCGCGUGCUGGCUUCCGGCGAGAUCAAGCGGGGCGAAUACUCUCCGCAGUUCGAUGCUCACGAUGACGACGAGGAAGGUGGUCAAGGGAAUAAUGGCAGCAACGGAGAUGCCGAUGUCGACCAUACUACUAGUUUUGCAAAGCCCAAGACAUUGGAUCCAAAGUCCAUCAGCACCCAGACGGUCACCGGGAUUGAUCCUACGGAUAAACCAUAUGCUAUUUUCACGUUCAUGUAUCGAGGCGAGCGACAACUGCAGAAGAUGGGGAUAUUGAAAGAUCCCAAGGUGCAGGAUACCCCCGCAGCCAAGCGGAAAUCUAUACAGGCAGACUUUUCGAAUCUGGGCCCCCUCAAGUCUGAAGGAACUGUCGGGUUCCUCAACUUCCGCGAUCAUGACAGUGGCCGGAAGGGCAAGAAAGCCAACGAUGAUGAGAUGGACAGUGAUGAUGAUGAUACCGACAACCCCAUCCUAGGCAAGGCAGAUGAUGAAGAGGCAAAGGAUGAUGAACGAUUCCUUUCCCCUGAUGACAUCAAGCGCCAGGGUGAACUGGCAGAGGGUGUCGAAAGGAUUCGCCUCAAGCGUCAACACUCCGCCGAGCCCCUCUCUAGUGGCGGUGCUACCUCCAACGAUACCCCUGCUUCGGGCACUACGCCUCCUGCAAGCAUUGCACGGUCUACUACGCCGCCCAAGACCACACCCGCGAAACCCGCGGAGCCCGUCCAACCAACCGGAGAUGUCACGGAAGCUUUCUUGGGCAGCCCUUUGAAGAAACAACGGGCCAGUGUGUCGGGUGCGGACGAGAAUGCGCUGCGCCGUCGGAUUGCCGAGUCAUCUGGUCGCAUCAACGAAGUGUUGGGCGACAGCAACGACAACAAGACGGCCAGCACGGGGUCAUUCGGCGACAAGAUUGACUCGCAGCCACUACCAGCCCCCAUCCCGCAGAACGAGGAUGAAGAACUGUGA